GUGAGGCCUUCAAGUAGUGACUGAAUCUCUGAGGUUCAAUUUUCUUAGAUAUAAAAUAUCUUCUCAUUUUUGUUGUGAGGAUUCACUAACUAACGUAUGUGCCUGCUUUAGAGAAAAACACUUCCAGGCAGUGUUAUUACAAAGUCCUAUUUGGGGGCCGGUAGCAAACAUUUGAUGAUGUUUUGUCCACUUGUCUUAAGGAGAACAUGUUUUGGAGAAGCCCAAAGAGGAGAAUGACAAUUGUCCUCAAGGCCUGAGGAGGAUGUUUCUAAUCGUUGAAGGAGAGUUCUUUGAUUUCUUGACUCCAGUCUGCUAGGCUUUAAAACAUGGCAACUCCGAACAAUGUGACUGAACUCAUUCUCUUGGGGUUUUCCCCCAAUCAGGAUGUGCAGAAGACCAUUUCUGUGAUGUUUCUCCUCAUGUACAUGGCCAUUGUGCUGGGUAACGGCCUCAUUGUGGUGACAAUCAUGGGCAACAAAGGGCUCACCUCCCCCAUGUAUUUCUUCCUCGGCUACUUGUCCUUUGUGGAGAUCUGUUACUGCUCUGUCACAGCCCCCAAGCUCAUCCUUGACUCUCUUAUUGAAAGGAAAAUCAUUUCCCUCAAAGGCUGCAUCACACAGAUCUUUUUCCUCCAUUUCUUUGGUGGCACUGAGAUCUUUCUCCUGACAGUGAUGGCCUAUGACCGCUAUGUGGCCAUCUGCAAGCCCCUGCACUACACUGUCAUCAUGAACUGGCGUGCUUGUGGCCUCCUGGUGGGGGCAGCAUGGGGUGGGGGCUUGCUGCAUUCUGUCGGGCAAACAUUCCUUAUUUCCCAGCUGCCCUUCUGUGGCCCCAAGGUCCUUGACCACUACUUCUGUGAUGUCCACCCUGUGCUGAAGCUGGCCUGCUCAGACACCUUCCUCAUUGGUGUGCUAAUCAUCGCCAAUGGUGGCUCCAUUUCAGUGAUCAGCUUCACGGUACUGCUUGCUUCCUACGUGGUCAUCCUGCACGCCCUGAGCACCCAGACCUCAGAAGGUCGGCGCAAAGCUCUGUCCACCUGUGCCUCUCAUGUUGCAGUUGUGGGCCUGUUCUUCAUACCCUGUUCCUUUGUCUACAUGAGGCCCUGUGUCACCCUCCCUGCAGACAAGAUAGUCGCUGUGUUUUACACAGUGGUCACACCUCUCUUAAACCCCAUCAUUUACUCCUUCAGGAAUGCUGAAGUGAAAAACGCCAUGAGGAGAUUGAUAGGGAGGAAAGUGAUCUGGGAAGAGAAAUAGAUGACUUAGGGAAAAUAAAGAGGAGCAAGGGAUGGGAAGUCGGGGCAGAUCUCACUUUGCCUCUACCUUUAAUUGAUGGGCUAACCUUGGGCCUAUCACCUUUUUCUUUAAAUUUCAAUUUCCUCAUCUUUAUGGGAUCGGACAGGAUUGAAGGAGGCUCUAGAAUGAGGUCUAGCAGGGGUCUUCUAAUGCUGCACUUCCACAUUUCACAGUGACCUUGAGGCAGCUUGGCUGGUUUUGAGAGAAUGAACCCUUCCAGAAAACCGGGGUGUUUCUGGGAAUAAUGAGGGUGUUGAUGGAAGAGGAGGAAGGCUUCCUUGGGGAUUAGUGGCCAUGUAGCUUUUGUGUUGGAGGAGUCUGAACCUUUGGAUUUGGGGAGGGGGAAGGUAGGCAGAGAAAUAGAAGUCACGCAAGUGCUUAGAAAUUCUGUUAACUCAAUAAACUAAAAUUUGCCCAGUGGGCUCAGGUCAGGCCAGCUGACCUAGAAGGGUCUAGUCCACGGAGCAGAAGGCAUUUUCACUCUUGCCAGCAGACUCAUAUGAACUCACAUUAGCAUUAGACUCAUGUUUUCAAAGAAUCAAGUGGAACCACAGGAGAUUUGAAGUGACUUGAAAGCCCUAGACAGUGAUACCUAAUUGUAGGCACAAGCUUUCUUUUUCACAUAUCAGUAACAUUUUAGUGUCUAACAUUCUCUUCUGUUUAUACCUGUCCGUCCUUUUUUUUCUUGUUUUCCCCCUUAUA